AUGCUAAGAGCAAAACUUCCACUAUUUUGCCUCUUGCUGUCCCUUGCUUUAUCUCGACUCCCUGAUGCUUGCAUAGCUGCUAGAUUGUUGAGCAAGGAUUGUGACUCUUCUUUCUGUGGAAACGUUAACAUCAGUUACCCUUUUCGACUAAACACCCAGCCUGACCGCUGUGGUUUUAGUUGGUUUGAGCUAGUGUGCGAGAAUAACCGCACCAUUUUCCCCAUGAAAUAUGGGAAUUUCUAUGUUCAGGACAUCUCCUAUGUUAACAGAACUAUCCAUCUUCUAGAUGUGAGCCUUGACAACGACAACUGCUCCAUUCCUCAUAGCUCGUAUCCUUGGUACACCCCUUCAGGAAACAGCAUAGGCCUCUUUCUCGAUGGAAGAUAUGAUAGUACAGCUGAAUUUAGCGUGAUGUAUCUGGUAAAUUGCAAGAUGAAGAUGAUCAACUCUUCGGUUUACAUCGAUGCUUCUCGUUGCAGUACCAAUCGCUCCAACUCUCCAACUCCACCUACUAGUUAG